AUGGCGCAAACUUACGGCCAACAGCAAGCACAACAACCUCAAAUUCCGGAGUAUACUUUACCAGGAGUAAUUCACUUUCUUCAGUCGGAAUGGAGACGUUUCGAGCGAGAUAGGAAUGAAUGGGAAAUUGAACGCGCUGAAAUGAAGGCGCGUAUAGCACUAUUGGAAGGAGAACGUCGUGGAAUUGAAAAAAUGAAAGUGGAUUUAAUGAAGCGAAUAAAAAUGUUAGAGUUUGCUCUGAGGAAGGAGAGGAGCAAAUAUUUGGCUGGUGUAGCUCCCAAUCCAUCAUUGACAAAGGAAUCAUCAUCCUCUGUAACAACGCCUGCAAAUGAAGAAGGACCUGGAGCGCAAAUAGAAUCUGUGCAAUCUUCAGAGCAACCAGUCUUGCAACACAAAAAUAUUACGUCAAGUCGAGAUCCGAAAUAUAGGAUAAAAAGUCGUGAAAUACUUAAAGCGUGUUUGCAAGAAAUUGACUACCUUACAAACGCUGCGACAAGUAAUACGCCUAUAGUAAAUCGACUUUCAAAUCAUCCAACCGGUUUGGAUGGAAAUAAUGCUGCAACACGGAAGUCGAAUAAUAGAAAUAGUGCAGUAUAUAUUGGAUUAAAUGCCAAUACCUAUAAUGGUGUGCCAUUGAAAAAACCAGGAAAUGCCGUAAUAAGACCUUCCAGGCCUGCACCUUCAACUCCGCUAAUAACAUCAAGGAAUUCAAGCCCACCAUUGGAAAAUCCCAUGUCUUCUGGUGAAGACUUAGACGUUGUUUUUUCGGAACAGGAGGAGGCCCCUUUCUUCCCUAGGUCGGGGGGAGAAUUGGUGAAGAGAGACACUGGAUUUACUGGUGAUGAACAAUCUUCACCUAUUGAAUCAGACUUCGAAAAGAAUUAUAUUUUAGAAAUCGCUUCUAGAGAAGGCAUGACUGUUGGUAAUGGAACUGACGAAUCUAUGAAAAAUACAAACUCGGAAAAUGGUCGUGAUCAUGAUAGAAAUGAUGGUUCUUCCACUAAUAAUAAAUUCAAAUAUGAUGGAGAAUGGAAAAUAGCAAAUAAGACUAAGAACAAAAGUAAAUUAGCACAUUCGAAAAAUGCGGACGAGUUGAAAGAAGAGGAAGAACAAUUGACGAAGGAUGUCCAGAAAAAAUUUAAUUUAUCAGAUGAAAAAGUGAUAAAAUUGAUGAAGAAUGCGAAAGGUCGAAAGAGUCAUGAAAUCUUGUCGGCGAAUACCUCUGAUCCUUUAUUGGAUGAACUUAGCUUAUCUGUUGAAGAGGAUGAAAGUACACAAAAACCUGAGUCAGAACUUUUAUUUGCUUCGGGAUCAGAAGAUGGCACCAUAAAACUUUGGGAUUUGAAGGGACCCGCCUCUCAGAAACCCGCAGCAGUUCCUGAUAUUGAACCAUUAAUGACAUACCGCGGUCAUACUGCAGCUGUAAAUUCUGUUGUCCUUGGGUCGGAACAGCGCAGAUGUUACUCUGCAAGCAUGGAUUCUACGAUUAGAGUAUGGAAUCUACCUCCGCCAAAGCGCGAGAUUUAUGGACCAGUCGACCUUUCGUUGAACUUGAACUCUUACAUUGGUCAUACGGAUGCAAUAUGGGAUUUACGGUUGUUCCCCAUAAAUAGUCAAAAUACUCGACUAUUGGCAUCAGCGUCGGCAGAUGGAACAGUCAAAGUUUGGGAUACAGAAGCAGAAGGAUCGCCUUUAAAAUGUUCCUGGGGUUAUUAUGGGAGCAAUGGUGGGGAGAUUGUUAACGGCGGAGGUCGUCCGCCCGUUCCGACAUCUGUCGCUUUCGUUCAUAAUGACUUGAAGAAGAUAGCCGUAUCUUUUCAAAAUUCUAUCAUAAAACUCUUUGAUAUUGAAACAGGACAAGAGGUUUUGGCAUUUAAAAGCGAUGAGACAUACGACAAUUCUUCUGCCACGCAGAUUAAUCGUAUAAUUUCCCAUCCCACUCUUCCAUUGUUGUUUUCAGCACACGAAGACAAAUAUAUACGAAUCUUUGAUGUCAACAGUGGUAACUGUAGUUUUUCUAUGAUCGCCCAUUUGGAUUCAGUCACUUCACUUGAUGUCGAUCCGUCAGGAAUGGUAUUAAUUUCAGGAGGUCAUGACAGUUCCAUUCGUUUGUGGGAUAUCGUCUCGACAAGGCAAUGUAUUCAAGAAUUUGCAUUGCAUCGAUCGAAAUCGGAUGAAGGAGUACUGUGCGUCCAAUAUCAUUCAUCCUUACCUUGGAUAGCAAGUGGGGGUGCUGAUUCCGUUGUAAAGAUAUAUUGUUGA